GCGUGUCAAUAGAGCUCGCCAGUUUGUAGUCUUACAACCCGGAAAUUAGUCAUUCAGCUAUCCCUAAAUGCAAAAGGAAAGAAUAUUUUUUAGGAAUAAUCACCGAAAAUGAGGUCUGAGAUUAACACAGGUUUAGUAGAUUUUAGCAGUCAGUUAACAUGACCUUGGUAUGCUUUUUUCUAACAUAAAAAAGAUUAUCUCAUGGAACAAAACAUAAGAUCUCCUAAACCUGGGUUUACCACAUACCUUAUUUUUGGCGUUUUCCAAAAAUCCUACAAAAACACCAUUCAUUUUUUCCAUAGGCUUUGUCCAUGGCGCAGUUUUAGUGCCUACAAAAAUACGUCAUUACUAUUUAUCACUUUCGCAACGCAAAAACCUCUCCUGCGAGAAGCGCAUUCGGAAUUUCUGUGUUUAUCUUAUGAAACCGUGUGCAGGCUCCAAAAUGUUGACGGCGGCGACUCGAAGUCGUUUUACGCGGGAGCAAACAAUAAUAUUAUUGCGUGAAGUCCAUGCACGGCGAUUUUCUAUUUAUGGUACACCGACAAAACCGUUCAGAGUUUCCAAUGCUCGGUCAGCCUGGGAGCAAGUAGCAGAGCGAGUGAGCUCCACUACCGUUGGGCUUCAGAAAACAGCCAACCAGUGCAGGAAGCGAAUUAAUGAUCUUAAACGGAGACAAGGAAUACGAAUAUUUGAAAACAGAUUGCCAAAACCCGUCUCUAACCUUACAGACAACAACUCUACUUCCUCAAUUAAAAUUGAGCAUGCAGAGCAUCAAAUUGGAGAUGGCCUUGAUAUCAAAGCAGAGACGGCUGGUCCAUCCCAGGCUGGAACACCACAACAUGUUCCCCAACCUGAUCCAACCCAGGCCUCUUCAUUCCAAGCCCCUCAGGUCAGCUCACCGCAGAUGAACCAAUCUCAGGGACUGGGUCAGGGACAGCUCCUCAGAGCUCACAUCCCGCUGAUAAACUUCCAGCCCCUCAUCCACGUCCAGCCCGCUUCCCAGGAUUUCACAGUCCUCUGCCAGGUGCACCAGGCGGGCUACGCCAUGCUACACAAGGAGAUCAUGGACACUAAAAACAGUAUGGAAGAAAUGCUGCAUCCUGUGUUGUCCUCCAUCAGCCACAGCCUGGAGAGACUUGCGAGUGCUGUUGAAAGGCUGUCCGAUCCUAGGGAGUCAUCACUACAGACUGUCACUCCCAUCACAAUGCCUCUCCAACACAGACUGAAUGGACCGUCAUACACUUGAUUCUACAGGAGUACAUCCUUUGUGAUGUUUGCUGGUUUCUUGCCAUGUUGACGAGUGUUUUACUUCUGUUUAACAAUACAAUGUCCUACAAGUGCUUCAAGUAAAACGUUUUAAAAAAUCAUUAACCAAACAAUUUGAACUAUGGUAUGCUAUCGAAUGUAUGGUGUGUUCGUUGUUGCAUGUAUUUAUUAGAAUGCUUUCAUGCGAGUGGUUAAAUGUAGUCUAUAUAAUUCAAUCAAACCUGCUGUAUUCACACAGUAGCGUUUUCCAAAUGCAUUGACUGGUUUUACUGUAGCCUAUAAAAACCUACAAUUAUUUAGCCUACUAGACAGUAGACCCCUCAAAGGGAGACUUUGCUUUCACUUUUCAGAAGGAGAAGUGUAUGUGUGUGGGGUAAAGUUUGUAAAUCUGUAGAGAAUUGCUUAUGGUUUUGGAAGGCAAUGUGCAGACCAUGAUUUAAUGAUGAAAUCUUUCAAUCUGUUUCUAAAUGUUUUUGGGGGGAAUAAAUAUGCUGUGAACCACAGUAUCAUAAAUGUAACCUAACACUUACUCAACGAGAAAUCUAAUCAUUCAAUAUUGUGGUGAUUGUUACUGUUUUGAAGAAGCGUUUAUUUUGGGCACAUUUUCCCCAACAAAGGGAGGGCAAUAUACUGCGCACGGCCGGUAAUCAACUGCGCAAGCGUAUUGUAUUUUGUGGUCCUGCGAAUGGUAGCCCAGAUUGUUUUGGAACGCCUGAACGGUGUCCACUGUACCUUUAUUGGGGUUUUCCGUAACCGUAAUAACCGUUGCUGUUUUGUAACUGAACAAACACCCAUUUUGUAAUUUGUGUUUUUAAUACGUUGCAGCCUUGAGAUGAGUAGGCUAGGCUAUGUAAACAUUCAGAACACAAAUAGUGUCUUUCCGUCAUUUUUAGCGUUUGCGCUUCGUUUAUGGCUUUCCCUGAGAAAAUAUGGAUUCCGAUAACGAUAAGAGAGAUGGGAGGCCAGAGAUCGAGAUGCUUCAUAUGGAGAGGCAACGAAAGAAGCGUUUCAAUGAGGAAGAACUCAAAAUACUCGUGCGUGAAGUGCAAGCUCGACGACCUGGCCCUGGCUACACCCGUGUUGCACAGGCCGCAUGGGAAGAUAUCGCAGCAAAGGUGAGCGCUUCUUCGUUUGGAUACCUCAGAACCGGGAUGCAGUGCAAAAAGCGAUACAAUGACCUGAUGCGCAGACAACCCUGUUAUAUCAAGAAGGGUCCUGGGUCAAAGAGGAAGCGAGUGAACAGGCAGACAGAAGCAAAACUUCAUCCAACAGAAGAGGAGGAGCCUUUCCUCUCAGUUCGAACAAAACGUUAUAAAUUUGAGUUUGUGGAUGGAGAAGGACCCAUUGCAUUACAAGCGUUUCAGAAGGAAGUUGGUUCCCAAUGCAUUGGGGUGGAGCUGGACAGUCCCUCGACUAACCACCUGGUUGAUGGUCAACAGACUCUGGACGCUGCAGUAUCGUCUGAGGCCAGCAGAGUCCCUCCACCCCAGACACACACGCCUACCACUUCACCCAGGCCCACUUUACCCCAAACCAACCUCCAACCCCGGGUGAACGUAGUGAGAUUGAACCUUGAAACUGGUACCCAGGUCAGCACACCUCAAGUGACUGGAACUGUCCACAUCCCUCAGUCUCAGUGCACCCUUCAACCCCAAACCAUUACGCACCCGGUCACUGUUCAACCCCAGGCUGAUGGUUUGCUUCAAGGUUAUGCUCAAUUCCACGUAAACAUACCUCAAGUAGUGCCACUGCCACAGCAGACUACUCUAGCCCAAGCCAACCUAUCACAGGCCUAUAUACCCCAAGCAAACCAAUCACAGGCCUAUAUGCCCCAGUCCACUGUUCAGCCUCAGACGAACAUACCCCAAGUGAACCAACCUACGGUCCACAUUCCUUUGAUUGAGGUCCAACCACACAUGCAGGUCCAGCUACCUCCUCAGGACCUGGCAGCACUGGUCCAGGUGCAUCGCCAAGGUUACGACAUGUUACAGAGGGAGCUGGUCAGUAUGAGGAGCAGCAUGGAGAGAGUGCUGCAGUCCUUGCUGUCAUCCAUCAACAGCAACCUGGAAAGACUGGUUAAUGCUGUUGAACACCUCUCUGGGGUUGAGAACACACCUCAGACCAACAGUGUUGUCCAUGGUCAUCGUGAUGCUCCCUCCUGACCUUGUUCGGUUACGUUCACCAUCUGAGAGUAGGACAGGAUGUGUUCAGGUGGAUGCAGAGCUCCUGUUUUAAAGACUCUUUUUAUACUAUUUCAAAUGUCUACCAUCCAUGUGGAGGACUAAAAACAUUGAGUAAAGUUCUGUGCGGUAAAUGUAACUCUAGGAAUCUUUGUACUGUACAUGCAGGUCCAUUUUGUUAGCAGAGAUAUGUUUCUCUUGUCGAUGACUAAAUAAUGUAUGCUCCUUUUUCUCGGUAAUCUUUUUUUGUUCAAGGUGCCUCAGCCUCUAUGGACCUCCUGUUGAGUUCCGAAAUCAAAUGUAUUUUCAAAAAAAGUGUUCAAACAGUUAUAA